CAAAAUGAGCCGGCGCUCCUUUCGCUGCUCUUUCUGCUUGUCCGCUGACUUGCCAAGGCGUUAAGAUGUUAGCUGGCUAACUAGCUGGAAAAGAGUAACUAAAUCGGAUUACCUGCUUCCUCUGGGGGAACGCAUUUGUUGCGCGAGCUCGUCAAUUCCCCGCAGCUCCGAUGCUCCUCGUGCGUUUUCAUUGUUGCUUCUUCUCGCUCGUUCCAUCCCCAGAAUUGAGUCCAGAGCCGCGACUUUAAGCUUUAAUCAUUCGCCAGCGUCAGUACUGUACGCUCGUCUGGUUGUCGGCGAAUUUACAGCAGGAGACGAAGGGGAGCCGGCGGCGGGGAGCGCGCGAGGAGCCGCCGAACAUUGAAGUGGUACCGCUGACCCAGCCGAAAGUCUGGACGGGCGGACCGACGCGCUAGCCUCUGCCGCCGGAUAGCCGGACCCAGAACCGAAGCUCUCUCCCCCGCUGAAGGCAGCAGCCAGCCGAAGCAGAGAUGUCAGGGAAGGAUAAAGACAAAGACAAGGAGAAACAGUCCACCACAGACCGGCUUGUCAAAGUUGUGCCGUACCCUCCACAGCAUAAGCUAACGACAAAAGAACUGUUUGAAGACGGAAAGCCCAAUGCAGAGCUGCUCCGCAACCACCUGGUGAAAGAGGGCCGCGUGGAAGAGGACGUGGCCCUGAAGAUUAUCAACGACGGGGCCAACAUCCUGCGCCAGGAGAAGUGCAUGCUGGAGGUCGAGGCGCCCAUAACAGUGUGCGGCGAUGUCCACGGACAGUUCUUUGACCUUAUGAAGUUGUUUGAAGUCGGAGGCUCUCCCAGUAACACGCGGUACCUGUUCCUCGGCGACUAUGUGGAUCGAGGUUAUUUCAGUAUCGAGUGCGUUCUCUACCUCUGGUCGCUUAAGAUCAACCACCCCACUACGCUCUUCCUCUUGCGUGGGAACCACGAGUGCCGGCACCUCACCGAGUACUUCACCUUCAAACAGGAAUGUAAAAUCAAAUACUCUGAGCGGGUAUAUGACGCCUGCAUGGAAGCCUUCGACUGCCUGCCACUCGCUGCCCUGCUCAACCAGCAGUUCCUGUGUGUUCACGGGGGACUCUCGCCAGAAAUCAACUGCUUAGACGACAUAAGAAAAUUAGAUAGAUUUAAAGAGCCACCAGCGUUUGGGCCGAUGUGUGACCUGAUCUGGGCUGACCCUGGUGAGGACUACGGCAGCGAAAAGACAUCCGAACACUUCAAUCACAACUCUGUCCGAGGCUGCUCGUACUUUUUCAGCUACGCAGCAGUUUGUGACUUUUUGGUAAAUAAUAACUUGCUCUCAGUAAUAAGAGCCCAUGAAGCGCAGGAUGCAGGGUACAGGAUGUACAGAAAAAGCCAGACUACGGGCUUCCCAUCAUUAAUCACAAUCUUUUCAGCUCCAAAUUAUUUAGACGUCUACAACAACAAAGCUGCUGUAUUAAAAUAUGAGAACAAUGUGAUGAACAUCCGACAGUUCAACUGCUCCCCCCACCCCUACUGGUUGCCCAACUUCAUGGAUGUCUUCACAUGGAGUUUGCCUUUUGUUGGAGAGAAAGUGACCGAGAUGCUGGUGAAUGUAUUAAACAUUUGCUCUGAUGAUGAGCUCAUGUCAGAAGGAGAUGACCUGUAUGAAGGUGGCACAUCGGCAAUGCGCAAGGAGGUGAUCCGGAACAAGAUUCGUGCCGUGGGAAAAAUGGCACGAGUUUUCUCAGUUCUCAGGGAGGAGAGUGAGAGUGUGCUAACGCUGAAAGGCCUCACCCCUACUGGAACUCUUCCAGUGGGAGUGCUGUCCGGGGGGAAGCAGACUUUACAGAGCGCUACCAUUGAAGCAGCUAAAGCAAAAGCCAUUCAAGGUUUCUCUCCCACGAGGAAGAUCCGCAACUUCGAAGAGGCCCGAGGCCUGGACAGGAUAAACGAGAGGAUGCCACCUCGCAAAGACGGCCAGCAGCCGGACGGGACGGCAGUGAACGCCAACGCCCCCAGCAAGAACGGCACCGACGGAUAGAGGGAGGCGCAGGACGUCCUGUAUCCUCACAGAACCCAUACCGACCCACUCCCGGCUCCCAAAACAAGCUCUGUGUGCGUCUCUGUCCACCCGUCCGUCCGUCCGUCUGUCAGUCUCCUCUGCUGAAACUGUCUGUCCACCUUUUGCUCACGUGGAGCACAGAGUCGGCAGCUUCAAUGGAUAAAAUCUGACGGAGGCCAUAGUGCUGGGAAAACACUUCGAACAACAAAGAGAAGGAGAUGAAGGAAAAAAAAUCGUGACAUACUGAAUGAUGAGCCUGCCGGGGCAGUCUGAUCUUAUUUAUUGAAGUUUAUAUAUGUUAGUUUUAUUUAAUAGCGAGUAAUGGUUGAAGACAGUUGUGUAAAUGUAAACUGACUGAACUCAUGUGAAACUACAAAAAGGGAGAAUUUCACAAAUGGAUUCAAAUAGAGCUCUUGUCAUGUAGGCGUUUCAGCCACUUCAUGGUAGCUUUUUUAAAUUAUUGUUUUGAGUUUUUAAUAAGGGACAGGGACAAAUACUGUCUUGAACUCUGGUUCCGGUCUUUACAGAGCACUGAUUCACCUCACUGUCUAGUUAUUGAUCAGACAGAAAUUCAAAAAUUCUGAUCUUUAAUCCGAUCAGUGAAUGCACCAUGCUCACCAGGUUGUUGUAAUGUUAUAAUUUAAAGUGGAAGUCAUUACAAAGUUCACACCAGUUUAGUCUUCUUUAAUCAAACUCCAUCUCGUUUCUUUCAUAAAGUUCGGUUCAUUUGGGGAGGUGUGGACGCGUAGUCGAACUUCGAUGUCGACCAGAAAAACAAACUCUGGUCAUCCUGCUGACCUCGAUCUCGGUUCGGUUUGAAUGCAUAUCUGAAUGUCAAGCAGAUAGGAGACUGCUCCAAAAGUAGAAAGUAAAAUGCAGGGCAUUCUGGAAAAAAAAAAAAAAAAAAGCAAAUAUGCGAGGCGGAGAAAAGGCUCGUGGUCUUUUGCCAAAGCUGAAAGAGAAAUCCUAAAACCACUACAAUCUGACACCACUUUUAUUUUGUUUACAUUUUGUGAAGAAGGAAGUCGCGAUCGGUGUAUUCUUUAGAGAUUUUUGUGUCGUUUCAGAGGCUCUUGGUGCAGCAACACUGCAGACAAGGAGGUUAAAAGCUUUCUGAACGGUUUAGAUGGUUUGAUAAGGUGCAGUGUGAGCGCCAAUCGAUGAAAAUGCAACAAGUGUUGCGACUUUGGUUGAUUAGGUAUGAAAACACUCAAGGUUUUUAGAAGCUGUUUUAAAGAUGACAGUUUUAGUUAGAGAGGCGUCUGUUCUUCCUUCAGGCUGGAGAACGAGAGAGAGCAACACUUGGAGCAGAUAACAGGAAGGCUGAAUGGUACACAUUUUGGGCUACAUUCUGCAAAAUAGAAUCCAUGAUCACUGCAGGAACUGAACUAAUGCUAGAUGGUAAAGAUGUUUUAAAUCUUUAAUCCUACAACUCCACAUCGUUUUGAAAUAUUAGAAAUAUUACUCUGAACAUCACACCUGCUCCUGAUGUAAUUAAUCAAAGACUGCCAUAAAGAGGUCGGGUGGGGAAAAAAGGCUUGAAGCUUCAGAAACUGACGACAGAAUUUGAAUACGGUAUUGAAAGUCUGUCAUUUGAAUGUAAUUUUAAUGUAAAUGAUCGUUUAAUACUCUGAGACUGAAACCCUCCUUUGUCUUUUUCCCAAAGAUGGCUCCGGUGUUGUUGUUCAGGAAUGACGUUUAUGUGAAGGACGUGUCGGUAAAAUGAAACAAAGUACCGACACUUUGCGUGCGAUCACAGUUGCCAUCGGUUACAUACGCUGUUGCCUUGAUGGCAGCUGAAAGCAUCAUUGGUUCUCCUGCAACAUGCUUCCCGCUCUGGUCACACUAGCUGCGUUUCCGUUACUGAUGCGCGCAAAACUUUGUCGAUGUUCCGCUGACGUCGGAACAAACACAAUUUCGAAAUUGUGGCGUUUUUAUCAAAUAAGAAACGCAAUUAAAAUGCCACAUGACUAAGUUAAUGAAUGCAUUAUCGCAAUAAGUCAUUCAGAAACACGCCAUGUCGCGAUCUUCCAACCACUUCCUGCUGUCUUCUUCUUUGUGGUUUGCGACGUCCGGGUGUUGAUGUGACUCAUGAUGCAGAAACUGCGUUUUAGUUUGAGUUUUUUGUAAAAUAAACCAAUUUUCGAUUUGGCCUCCCCGCCCCCCCCAAAAAAAACCUGUCAUCCCUGCACCAAAACUUAUGAUAGAAAAACUUUUCUUUUUUUUCAAAAUUACUGUGCUUCCAUUAAGCAAAUUUAUUUUCAAAAUGUCAAAUUGCGCAAUGACAUGGUCAAUGGAGACGCAGCUACUGUUGGAUCCAAGACUUGAAUAUUAAGAGGCAGUUAAAGAAGCUGUUUAGAAGCUGUUUUAAAGCAUCUUCUGUUCAUAAAAAAGAAAAAAAAAGGACAAUAGCUGUAUUUUCUCGUACAAAAGGACAUAUUUAUGUAUUCCCGGAGGCUGUGGACGCUGGCGAGCCUCCUUCGUUUGGAAACGUGUUCCACGGCGCCGCUGCAGUUUGACUCUCAAAGUUCCAUUUGAAGACUCUAAAAACAGAACUGGGGCGUGCUCCGCUUUUGUUUCACUGUUCUCAUGUUGAUUAUACAGGUUGCCGAUUCCUUUUAGCUCAUAGCCGUGAACCCGGCACAAGAAGGAGAAGAAGAUUGGAAACGCCAAACGACUUUGACGCCGCCGCACACAGACACAAUGGACUGAGUCAGUCUGCUCAGCAGGGACGCGGCUAUAAAAGGGAGGGAGCGCCUCCGCCGUACUUUCCUCAUCUCAAGCACGGCUGAUUCAGAGAUGUAGUAACUCGACGUCCCCUCUAGCUCGGCCGGGCCAUCGACACCUGCUGAGACACCCGGUGUGUGUGUGUGAGCGCGUGUGUGUGUGUGUGAGCGUGUGUGUGUGUGUGUGUGUGUGUGUGUGUGUGUGUUUUCCCUUUUCCUCAGUGAUCUAACUCUCUUCAGGCACUCUGUCUUCUGGUCACAGUCACUCCCAGCCCUUUAAAACCCGUUUUUUGCUAAAGAAACUGGUGCUCCAACACACCUGGCUGUAACUGCAUUGUCUUUUUUUUUUUUUUUUUUUAGCAAGAUAGGUGCAAAUAAGCUUGAAGAUUUGCUAUUAUCCUGUAAAUUGACGACUUCUGUUUUUUAAGCAAGUACAAAAACGAAGGGCAGCAUCAGCAGGGUUCCCACGUAGUCUUCUGUUUCUGGAAUUUGGUCAGAACUAGUAUGGAAAAAGAAAACCUUAUCCAAACGUCCGUCCUUCUGUCCAUUAUGGUGUCCUUCGUUCCUCGUUUCCUUUCAUUCUUUCUUGUCUGUCCUUUUUGUUUCCUAUCUAGCUUUUUCUCCAUCCAUCCUGGCGUCAUUUCCGACCUUCCACCCUUCUUUAGGCCUUUCUUUUUUACGUCCUUCCCUUUUCACUUCCUGGUCUUUCCUCCCUUUAUUUCCUGUUUCUCUCCCUUGUUCUGUUUGUCCUUGAACUCUUCCUUCCUUGCUGUCUUGUCAUUCAUCUGUUCCUGCUAUGCCUAACCUCAUUUUUCAGUUUCCUUGUUUCUCACGUUCUUUUCUUCCACCCUUCUAUCUCUAUUUUUUUCUGUUUUUUACUCCUUGUUACCUUCCACCAUUCUGGGCCAGUGUCUUUUCUUCAUCGUCCUUUUUCGUUUUUUUUUUUUUUGCUUUAUUUCUCUUUGUCUUUCCUUCCUUUCUUCAGUUCUUCCUGCCCUCCUGCAUUUUUGUCAUUUCUAUUCAUUCUUCCUUUGUGUCCUUCCUUCCUUCCUUUUUUCCUUUCUUCCUUCCUACCUGUCAGUCAGUCUCUGGUAUUUGCAGGUUUCAUAAAAAAAUAAAAUAAUUUGAAAAACUUGCCAUAAAUUCACAGGGAAUGUUUUUAUUUCAGUUAGAAAACUGAAAUGGAUGUAGAAAAGUUUUUAUUUUUUCUUCUUCUACACAUUAAGUGUGUAGGACUCCUGUGUAUGCGAGGAAGUUUGUAGUCACACAAGACUUCGAACUUGAGUUAUUUGUUGAACAUGUUAUUUUUUGCAGUGCGGCUCGUUAGAUUUCUGGACUUCUCCCAGGAAAUGAAGUGUUUUUCUUUUUUUUUUUUGGUUUACGUUCAUAUCUGUGAUGUUGGAAAUUGUUUUUAAGGCUUUCCAGGGUGAGCCAUACAGUGUACUGACUCCUGUCAGAUCUUAAACAUAUCUUUAAGAAUGUUUUGAAAAAAAAAAAAAAUCUAAUCUUAUGUUAGCUGUAAUAAAGGGUCAAGAACUGUAUUGUAUAUGUCCUGCAAGGCCAUGAAUUUGUUUAGGUACAUGUACUUUUUGGGGCGGGGAAAUAAAAUAAAUUCUAAACAUUGA